UUCAAGAAAAGGAUAAGGAUAUAAAACCUCGUCUACCCAUAUAAAUAACAACAAAACUCUGAAAACAGUGACAUAAACUAGCCUCCAUUUACUAUUCCAUUGAUAUAUUGCCUACAUGUAGCCAUGGAUAGCCAAGAUGGUUUGGCCCUUCUUUCUUGGGAAGUAUCUUAUAAAUAAGUUGUCAUGUGUUUCUUCAAAAACAACAGAAGAUUUCAACAGUAGCUCUAAAGGUUUUCUGGUGGAUAUUACAUGUGCAUUUGGAGCACAAGUCUUUGUGUGCAAGGAAAGAAGCACAGGCAAAUGAGAAUCAUUGAUAAUGAUGAAGGAUGUGGUUGCCUACAAGCAUGUCUGGGAGAUUAAAAACUUCUCAAAAUUGGAAUCAGAAUGUUAUGACUCCAAACCAUUCAAUGCAGGAAAGUACAAAUGGAAGAUAAAACUAUAUCCCAAUGGAAAAGGAGCUGAAUUGGGAAGUUAUCUUUCUCUGUACCUAACCUUGGCUAACCCAACAUCCCUUUCUCCUUGUUCCAAAAUAUAGGCACAGAUAAUCUUACGCAUAAUAGACCAGAAGCAAGCCAAGCAUCAUGAUGGAAAAGCUAACUACUGGUUUAGUGCCUCAAGCCUCGAAAAUGGUGCAUCCAGAUUUAUUUUGCUCAAUAAUUUCACCAGUCAGAAUUUGGGGUAUUUAGUGCCUUACAUUUGCUUGGUAGAGGCAGAGUUUACAAUACUUGGAGUGGUUGAUGCAUUGUCCUGAGACUGUUCAUAAGUCUUCUACUACUAAU